AUAUACCCCUACACAUACCAUGAAUUGGGCUGAGUGUGUAGGGCUCGUCAUAGAAAACGAGAGCGCUGUAUUCUUUGCAAGUAGUUUGUGCAAAAAAAAUGACAAAAAAGUAAUUUGGUGGAAAAUCAGCGUUAAUUUUCAUCCGUUUGCACGACAGAAUGUCGCAGGUUAAGAAACUUGCCGUGAAGUGAACAAAAAUGAAAUUGAAACAAUAACAAGUGAUUAUAGAUAACAAAAGAAAAAUUCUGUAUGUAUAAGACCAACUAUAUAUAGCGAAUUGGAUGAUUUGUGUAAAUAAAUAAUGUAACUAUUAAGGAAAGCCGACAGAUCGGAGAGGCUUCCCAAGCAUUUCGAAGCAUUUGUAAAACGAUUAUAAAUUCUUAGCUUUUGUCAAUUGUCAAUAAUAUUGUAAUCUCCUGCCGCUCCAAACAAGUACCGCCCUUCUCUUUUCAUCGUUUAAGAGAGAACAUCAGCAGCAAAAGAAACCAAACAAAAAACAAUUUAAAUAUAGGAAAUUAUCGAUUUGUGUUAUUGUUGUUGUUCUUAUUCCGUCUAUGUGAUAGCGCUUAAUGUCAUUGUCAAAUGAACGAAACAAGCUUCGCCCUCAAAAAUAUUUUCCAGACGACAAGACAGCGAAUUAGACAAGUUACCAGAUUUCUUCCUAUUUAACGCCACGCAACGAACCAGCUCUAAGACGUUCUGUUAUCGCCACACGCACAUUAACAAAAAGUUUAAUAUAUUCGCGUUAACUGGUUUACAAUCUCUAGAACCAUGGAUUGGAUAAUUAACGAUGAAAUGGGAUUGACCGUGGGUCAUGUUGUUGGCUGGGCUGCUGCAUCCGCCAUGGUCAUAGGCGGUGUAAUCCCCUACGUGCCUCAGUAUUUGGAAAUCAAAAAGACCCAAGAUGCCGAUGGGUUCUCUUUACACGUUUGCUUUGCGCUGCUUAUUGCAAAUUCUUUGCGUAUAUUAUUUUGGUUCUCAAAGCGUUAUGAGCUUCCGCUUCUCGUGCAAAGCCUAGUUAUGAAUGUGACUAUGUUCCUAAUGAUACAUUUGUGCGUCAAAGUUAAACGCGUCAAUGCUAAUGCCAGAGAACGCAAUCUAUCAGCAAAUGAUGAGAUGCGUUUGCCAAAGGUUUUGAUGACAGAUGCAGACACGGCCGGAUCCAUUUCUAUAUCUACAGAAGCAGGUCCUUUAAAACGGAGUCGGUCACGACAUUAUUUAAGUGAUCUCGACCUCAAAUACUUCUGGAAUUGGACCGAUUUCCAGUCAUAUUUGGAUUUUAUGUUAGUCGUUUGGGCAGUCGGCGCAGCUGUAACAUACCUGAUGCUUUCCGUAGAUUGGUUUAUGGAAAUUGUUGGAUUUGUAGCGGUUUUUACAGAAGCUAUGUUAGGAGCGCCACAAUUUAUUCGAAAUUUUAAGAAUAAGUCAACUUACGGAAUGAGCAUCCAUAUGGUUUUAAUGUGGACUCUUGGUGAUAUGUUCAAAACUGGUUAUUUCAUAGCUAGAAAAGCACCAUCCCAGUUUUGGAUUUGUGGAACAUUACAGGUCAGCUUAGACUUGGCCAUACUCAUGCAAGUAUGGAUAUAUCGACACAAUUCCAAGCCUCGCGAUAUCCAUCGUGGAGAUUAGCAGUUUGCCCCCGAAGAACAACAACAGCAACAACAAAUACAAGAACAAAAUUCUAAUACCAACAACAUUUCAGCAGACAGUAUUAGCCAAUCACUCCACAACACCAUAACGAGCAGUGGAAGCGGUGACGACCACCUAUUGACAGCACAUGCAGAGGACGAAUACAAGAGUUAUCACGACAAUCGUGCAUUUCAAUUUCACAAUAAUAACACUUUAGGUCGAAAAAAGGCCGUGGGAAGCAUUUCCGAUAGUAAAACAUCGAAACAAGCUAGCCAAGUAGAUCAGACAACCGUUGUUGGAGAUAAAUUAAAUGUGGUAAUAAUACACGAAAUUUCUAAGAAGCCACCGCAGGAAGAUGCAGACUUCAAAGUGGACCAAGUGUGCGCAUGCACAAGCCAACAAAAUAAUAUUAAGGCAGGCGGCGAGACACGCAAACGCCAUAAUGCCACGCAGACACCAACUUCACUAAUAAAUUGGGAAAAACGCCCGUAUUAUCAUAGCAAUAAUUUAUUGCAAUGCCAUUGCGAAUACAUCUGCCUAAGGAGGUCACCCGCAUCAUGUUAUUGUCCAAAUGCCCAAGAACAAGUGUGCCACUGCCAUCGUUUACCAAAUUCUACCUCCCAUUACUGUCGAUACAAGUGCCAGCACCAUCACAGACAUAGUGGACGAUCUCGUUCGACGGAUCAUAAACAUCACGAAGGCCAAGGACCUCCGAUGGGCAUAAAGGAGUGUCCUAUGCGACGCAAGCACAACAAAUGUUGGAGCGAGAAUCGAUCCCGUUACGGACCUAUGAAACAACAAGCCCAUAACUUACACUGCUCUUCUAUGGAACACCUUCCAAAUAUCUAUACCAAGUCUUCCGAAUCUAGUGAUGAUCCACAUAACCAUCCCAAUCAUCAUUUAUCUUCAUCGACGGCCUUGCAAGAGAUAGCAAUCGAAAUAGACGCUGCGACAAUGACGGAAGACAACAGUACAACGGCCACAUCAAAUUUUGCAUUCAAAGUAGCCGCCGACAACGCUGUCGUUCCGAUUAUUCGUGCUCCUAUUCAUGCCGACUCUGAUGAGGAAAGCAGAGGUGUUAUCAGGCAUAUGAAGAGAAGAUCUUCGAUCAACUCAAAUACGACCGCCGAGACUGAUGAAUUUUCUAAUGAGGAAGCUGAAGAAAACCAGCCUCAAGGAGAUUAUAGAUGUCAGUGUGUGUAUUGGCAUUCUUAUGAAAGCGGCCAGAAAUUUUUAGCCAGUGCGGUGGCGGAACCUAAAAAUGAAUGCGUCAAAAUAAAGCGCAAGCGUUUCAUUGCUGCAGACGACUGCUGUAGCAGUUGCUCCAGAUGUUCUAGCUGUUCAUGUUCCCACGUACAUACUAGUAGUUGCAGCAGUUUCGAGGAAUGGCCAGGAAUCACAUCGAACACCCAGUCGUUUACUGUAUCCGCAGAUUGCCACCGUUGUGCUACCAAACGACACUCAGCAGUGUCAAGCACUGACUAUACCGGCAAUAAUGAUAACCCUUUCAUUUCAGACGAAGUACUUCCCCAACCUUUAAUUCAAGACACCACCGAUAGCUCGGCUCCCACCAGUCGUCGCAGUAGUAUUACAACAAGUUUCUGUUCGUGCACCUCAAAUGCUCCAUGCUGUUGUGGCGAAGAUUCGGCUACAGGACAAAUGUGUACGGCGCAGGACGCAACUAUACGUACAUCUUCGAUUGGUAAAGUCGCCUGUCUGGAUGUUGACGAACAACAUUCAAGUACCUUGACACCUUUGACUAACCCAUCAUCUGCAGUGUCUACGCCAGUCGGGGAAGAAGGAGACGUCACUAUGAGAAGCAUAAGCCAGCCGUUGACUGAUGACACAUCCUCUCAUAGUCAUUCAGCUGAUUAUUAUUCCUUAUCGUCCAGUCAGCCGCACUCACAAACGACACCAAAUAAAACUCCCAGGCAUGCAGUUAUUUUGCAAAAAUCUACAGAAGCUGCCCGAGUAGAUGUUGCAGGUGAAACAUUUGAUGGUGAAGAUCAUGAUAAAAAAUCGCGAAAACCAUGCAAACAUUUCGGAAAACACCAUCGUCAUAAACGUUCUGAAUCUCCAACCGAUUCCUAUUUAUGACGAAGUGUUUCGCUGGUCACAUGGCCAGCGAUUGAUGUAAAUUCGUUGCUACAGCAGACUAUACGUCAAUCCGCCAUUCUGCAGGAGAAUUCUCAACCGCCCGAUGAUAGUUUGUCAGCGUUGGCCAGAAGAAAACAGCAGUUACGUCUACCCACGCAACCACAAGAUCUGAGUGUUGGCAGCAAUGAUAGUUCUUCCGCAACUCUAACUUCCAUAGUAACAAUAGCGAAAUUCCCUCCACUUUCCAUGCAAAUCCCGAAAUCACAAUUGUUGUCAUCAAAUUUGUCGCAGCCGCCUUCAUCAGUUCAAUCGCUGUCAGCCAUCACAGCACUGUGUGGAACCAAUGGGUCCAGUGUUGUUACAACAACGACAUCCACAACCUCAGCUCCCAAUAGCGGGCGCUUGAAGCGUAACCCAAAGUUUUCUCCAUUGAUUGGUGAGCCAUUCAGCUGUGAUCCACUACUGAAUGCUGCCCAAGAACGGCGUUCCACGGAGAUUAUUUUAUAGCAAGUUUGCCAAACCUAUGUGCAACACAAUUAUUGGCAAAGUUCGUUUUGUGUCUUCAGAAAUGUGUACUCUCUAGUUAAUGAAAUUCUCACGAUUGAAGUAACAUACAAUCUUAAUGGCUGUGCAUGGUAAUCUGUCAUUCGAUCUUCGAUUUUUGUCAAUUUCCCUCUAUAUCUAAUCGUUCCACUAAAUUAACAUAAGUAUGUACCAUUAAUACGAAUUUCUCGUGCCCUUAAAAUUUAAGUUGCUGUUUAUCCUAGAAUUUUUGAUCGAAUUUUUGUUUAUUUACUUGUUGUUUCUCGGGGGUCAACUAUUUCCUCCCCUAGUAUUGCACUGCAAUAUGAAUUUUCUAGACUAUUUUUUGUUCUUUUAUUGGAAUACUUUUUUCAAAACAAAAUCUACCUUUUUGUUUGGCCUAAUGUUCCAAAUGUCCUUAACGACGAUUGUAGUGUUAUAAAGGAGCCAGAUGAGUCUCAUUCUAUGAAAUCCACUUUGUAUGAGGAGAACAUGCACAGAAAUGUCAUAUAUAAGGAAAACAUGCACAUAAGUGUCAUAUAAGAAUGUGUGUUUUAUCGCAGCCAAAGUGUUGAUAUCAAAUUUAAGUUUAACAAUACUAUAACGUGUCCUUUAUCUGAAAUAAUUAUGUUCUCCCAUGUAAAGUCGUCGUGCGUUUAAGACUAUAUUACAAACUUGAAGACAAGUUAAUCAAUUUUAAUAUGAACAUAUCCAGACUACUAGAACAAUUAUACAAAUUAUUAAAAUAAUACUAUUUAUAACAUUUUUAGUUUUUGAUCUCUGAUUACGAAAAGCAUAACGCAAUUAUAGAACUUGUAAAAUUAUCAGAGAAUUUGUACGAAAUAGAAAUUUAAUAGCUUUAGCUAUUUCGUUAUAAGCAAAUACAUAAUAUAUAGUUAUGAAUAGCUUUGUUUCUUAGUUAAUUUAGUGUAUAUUUAUUUUUGAUUACACUAUUAUACAAAACUAUGCAAACCAUUUAAUUAUUUAUAAAAACGUAAUAUAGCAAAUUAUACAGACGAAAAGCUUUUAAUUUUGUUUUUAUUUUGUUUUGGCAAGUGUAUGGAAUUUUUUUCUCGUGUCGUACGUCAAACGUUCGAACCACGAAUUAAAAAUGUUGAGACUUGAACACUUCGUUGGCAUACAGGGUCCGCCAAAUAACCUUUUCUUUUUGAAAAUAAUAAUAAUAAUAAAAAAAUACUGAAUAUUUUCUCAAAAUAAAUAGUGAACAAUAAUUUUAUGCAAAUGGCAGCCUCGGCUGGCCAUGCGUAACCUACAAGGUCGGCCCAAUUCUUAAGCACAUUUUAAGCACUUAUAUUUGACGACAUCCUACAAAUAAUAGUCCAAAGGUGUCAAAUCGUCGUUACGAGUUUGACAAUCAAUAUCAGCUAUGCGGCUAAUAAUGUGAUUUCUAAAAACAAGGCACAAAAAUCGAUUGUAGCUUCGAUUAAGUGGCACGUAGCGCCGUCCUUUUAAAACCAAAUGUUGCACAAUAUUCUUCUCUUCAGUUUUUGUGAACAAAAAUUCAUUCAACGUGGCUCUUGCUCAUUUUCGAAGAGAAAUGACCCAAUUAUGCCUUUAGACCAUAAUCCGCAGCGAACAGUGAAUCUUUUUGGGUGUAUCUGCUUUUCAAUGUUUGCGAUUGGUGCUUUAAUUGCGAUACUUUUACUUGUAUACAAACCGGGGAAGAAAAUCACUGUCACUGUUUCUAAACACAUUCUACCAUAAAUAUCAAAGUAAUAUCGCAAUAUUUCGCAGCCAUGUUCAAGUGUAUCUUUCAAAUCAGGUUUACAGGGGAUUCACGAAAUAAGCACUAGUUGAAAAAAAACGUCAGAUGGCGGACCCUGUACAUACACUUCAAUGUUAAUUUUUUGUUGCAUUUGUACCUAAUGCAAAAAUUAAUGUGGCGAAGUCCAUCAUUAGAUUGUGCAGGUUUACAAAUUUCGGAAUCGCGGCUCUAACCAAGCAGUGUAGAAAAACUGAAUUUUUCCAAAGCUGCGCAUGAUAAUUCGUUAUUUGUGGGAAAAAGCACAGUUUAUUAUUUAAAGUUACGUGUUUACAACCCACUUUCAUGUGUUUUUUUAUCAACCACCCUUUAGUAGCGGCGCUCACCAAGUCAUUUUAAUAUAUUUAGUUAUCUUUUUUGAGUUUAUAUUUUAAGUUAUUUCAUGUAAAUAUAAUAUAAAAUAAUGUACAACAUUAUUGUAUGAAAACGUAAAAAAUACUUCCUUGAAAAAAACUUGAGAUUCCGUUGAAACAUACACACUUAUUAAAUUAUCAAUUUGUUAAUAAAAUUAUAAAAGUAUCGAGAGAAAAGGUUAAUAAAAAUGCAUUAAAUGUUGAAAUGAACAUUCAAUGUGUUAAUGCUGGAAUACAAAACCCCAAGGGUUUAAACAUUUGUUGAUUAGUAUGUAGUCACCAUACAUGUAUGUUAAAACUAUGUAAUUCGAAUAUUCAGUUUAAAUAAAUUAUUGUUAGAAAAAUUGUGAAAGAAAUGACGCUUCGAACCAUAAUUAUGAACACGGUCGAAUUCGUCAGGUCGUCGUAUCUACUUAUCACUGUCAAAAUAAAAAGUUCUAUGCCUUUUCCUCUGCGUAGAAUAAGGGAUCUAUUAAAAAGCAUUAUAUAACUCCAUACAUAUUUGUUUCAUCUAACCAAAAAGCAAUAAGAAUUAUAAUAAUAAAUUAGCAAGUAUAUAUUUUAAACUCUACAAUUGACAGUUUUUCAAUCCUUAAAUACUUAUCUAUCUAUUCAAAACAUGGUCUUGUUAAUACUUAAUUUACAGGCCGAUACUAUAUGCCGAUGUUCAGAUACACAUUAUAGGAUAUUCUUGUCGCUGCAAUUGGAAGAUUAUCUGCAACGUUUUUGUAUCGUGAAGCAGAAGACAUGUAGAUUUCCAUAAUAUCGUGUUUAUUAAUAAAGUCAAUAUAACCAAA